AUGGCGAACACAGGCUAUACCUCGCCAUUUCCAACCUCACAUGAUACCAUCGGGCAGUCCACACUGAUCACGCCUCUCUUUAUGCCAUCGUCUCCUCCACAACACCCUUCUAGUCCAUUGGGGUCUCCGACAAGCGCCCAAACUCCUGCAACUGCCCAGACUCCUACAGCCGAGCGCGUCGCAGCGCACCAUAUCAACCAAGGUUAUGGUCACGCUGCUGAUGAUGAAUACCAUUCCGAUAAUGAAAUGCAGCAUGUUCCUCGGCCUCCUUCUCCUAGAAGCCCGACAGGCUCAGACCUAGAUGCACGUCUCGCCGAUUACACCUUGGAUUUUGAUAAUUUCCCUAGCGGGCAUUUUGCAUUGGAUGGGAAUGAGGAAACCCUGCCACCUUUCCAUCAAGAUGUAGAUAAAUUAUCUGACGUUGAGGGCCCGGAAGACUUUACUGCGAAUAUGGAGAAAUACCUAAUGGGGGACCUAGAAGACGGAGAGAACCGCGAGGAUGAAGCUGAAGAGGACUACGGAUCAGUACGACGAACUUUCCGUAAGUCGAAGCAACCUGCGAUUGAAGAAGAAGCCGACUCUGGGGAAUACAGUGAAUUCGGACCGCCAGUGGAUAUGUCGACCCCUUCACAUCUGUUGCACCGAACUAGCGCUCUCCGCAAAGAUUCGACUCACUUGGAAGGUAUCGAGGAAUACCCCGAUGAUGACGAGGCCCAGGAUCCCGCAUCUCCUUCCGUCCGGAAAUUGUCGGAUGCCUCCAGUCAUGCACCGGAGGAGCAGAAUGAGGAUCUUCGCCAGCUGAUCGCACAACUGCAGCAAACGCUGAAGGAACGCGAUGAGCAAUUGCAGAAAAAUCGCAGUCGUGUGCUCGAGGCUGUUUCUGCCGGUGAGCAGAUCCGUCACCUCCAGACAGAAUUACAGCGGAAGAACGCUCUCCUGGAGGAGGUACAUGCUAAAGGUAACGACGAGGCAAUCCUGCGCGAGCAAGUCCAGUCUCUCCAAAAGCAAAAUGAAGAGAAUGAAAAGCUAUUGCGCCAGUCGAGCAUGAAUGCAACGGAUUUUAAUCCUCUUUUGAACCAGAUUCGUGAGAUGCAACAGCAGCUCCAAGCCAGGGAUUCACAAAGCCCUUUGGACAAGGAGCGGUUGGAGACAAUUGCGCACCUGCGCCAGCAACUCAGUCAUUCCCAAGAGCAGGUGCGAAAGCGCGAUGAAACUCUAGAUGAGACAUUCACCAAGCUCAAGGAAGUUACACGGGUCAAGGAUGCACAGAUACAGGAUAAAAACUCGGAGAUUGAUCAACUCCAAGCGCAGAUUGAUGACUACGGACUGGAGAAUGAGAAGCUGGAGUCAGAACUCGAGCGUGCGCACAAUGAUUAUCAGGUUCUUGAGGAGCGUUUUAUCGACCUGGAGACUAGAAAUCGUCCUCUGGAGGAGAAGAACUCCACCCUGGAAGCAAACCUCACCCGAGUUCAAUCCCAUAUGGAAGCCCAGGAGAGUGCUCUCAAAGCUGCAGCUGCAGAGCUGCCUAUCAGCGGCCAUAGCACCUACAGUGAGAUUCUUGACUUGAUCAAAGAUCUGGGUCCAGGGGAUCCCGCAUCCCCACUCCACUCACCAUUGAAGGACAAGUUUGUGGAUGCCCAGGGUAUGCAGCAGCAGCAACCAGGCAUGCCAAGCAUUGCAAGCCUUCAGCAAGAAAUCCAGGAGUUAUCAGCCGCCCAGAAAGCCUCAGAUACCGAAGCAGCGCGUUUGCGUGACCAGGCAACCGAGGCUCAGACCCUUAUCAAAAAUAUCGAAGCUGAGAAUACACGACUCUCCAACCGGGUGGGUGAGCUCACAACAGCCCUAAACAAAUCGCAGAACGACCUGAUCCAAUCGCAAGAGCAACACGCCGAAUCCCUCGAGACCAUCGCCCGCUUGCAAGAAGACAAGGUCGCCGAACCUCUCAGCCCACCCCCCUCACCCCCAACAGCACAUGGAGCUCUCAACCCAGAGCCAAGGGGGCCGGACACAGCAAUGCUAGAGGCAAACCACCAAAGCCAGCUCCGUAGUCUGAAUACCGCACACUCAACGGCAGUCUCCACGCUACGCGCUUCGCACGCCGAGUCAAUGCGCAAAAUCCGUAAUCUCCUCACAGCCGCUGAGCAACGCGAAACCAAUCUACGCUCGGAUCUUGAAAACCUCCGCACUUCAUCCGCCACUUCCGAAACCCACCUACGCAAGAGUUUCAAAUCAGAACUCAGACGUUUGGAAGCCGUCAUCGCAGCAAAGGACGACGUCAUUGCCGCAAAGGAUGAAACCGCCGCUGCGAUUGACCAGCGCAUCGCUUUGUCAGUGGACAAACGUGAGCGCGAGUGGGAGCGGCGCAUCGACCUGCUCCUCAAGGAGCGUGAUCGCAUGGCCAAGGCUUUGAUGGUGAGCUGGGGUGAGAAGGAGUUGGGUCGUGGCCCUCUCGCUGAGGGCAAGGAGAACCGCCGUCGAGAACGUGAUGGGGAUGUCAAGAGUGGGCAGGCUUAUCGCUACAAGUAUGCUCAGAAGCCGAAGUCCAAGAGCGCGGAGGCUAGGGCUUAG